CUCUCAUUAUCCUGUGCCCGUGCGGCUGAAGAAAGUCAUUUCAGGCUCGAAUGUCUAACUUCUGAGUCAUCCGGGUAGGCAUUUCAUUUCCGCGAUUUCCGAUACAAACGUCCAAUAAGAGUGUCCCUUUGAGCCGUCAUUCCCGAGAAGCGCCUAAUGACACCAUGGGAACUGGCAGGACUGCUUGUACAGCAAAUCGGCAACACCGCGUCCACCUGUCUUCCGCAUGACAAAUAUCGAUGAGAUGCACUAGUCCGCGAGCUUCUAAGGCUAGUUCGAUAACCAUGUACUGGGUUUCGUAUCCUCUCUAUCAGAAGUGAUGUUCGAACAAUAGCCUAAGCCUUAUGCACUCUUUUCCGGUAUAGCCCCCAGCCUGUGCUGUACAGGCGAUUAUGAGGGCAUUAGGCGUGAACAACAACGGAUCGGAUGGUUGAUGGAACAGAUAGCAUUUGCGAUCUAGGCCUAUAAAGUCCCUUCUUGUCCCGAUUUAAUAAGCUAUUAAUCACACACCGUCGUUGGUGAAGGUGGAAAUGGACGCAGAGGAGUACUGCUGGGCGUUGCAGGUGUUGGAGCGAUCAACCACCGCCGCGCUCAUGAAUGUGCAUCCCGAGGUGCCUUGGCAACUGUUUUGCAACGAACAGGACCUUCCAGAGGGCGACAUGACCCACCAAUCUGGGACCAGCAAGAUGGGCUCUCCCAACUUCAACCGCCCCCGCACAGCGGGCUCAUGCCUUGAACCAGGUUCGACCAGCCUUCCUCCUAUCCUGGCAAUCCCGGAUGCGGGGUUAUCGAGUGCCUUGAUGCACCAGGCAACAUCGCCAACGAGUCCGUUGGAAGAAAAUCCCUUGCUUUCCGCAAAGCGCCGCACGCAGAACCGGGAGGCCCAGCGCCGAUUCCGAAAACGCCGAGAGGAGCAGGAGAAGCUGCUGCAUGAGCGGAUAGCGAGUCUCGAGGCCAGAUGCACUGUGUUGAACGAGACGUUUGGCCAGAAGUCUGAGGAGGUCGAGGCACUUUUGCGUGAAAAGGGCGCCUUGGAAGCUGAGGUGAAGGUUCUUCGCAAGCAGGAACAGAUCCUGGUGCGACUGCUGCAGUACUCUAACGGGGUAUUGCUCAAGUCGUUUGUUCCUAUAGCGGCAGGUGUCUCAAAUCCACCGCUAUCUCCAGCUUCUGGCGUGGCCCUGGGAGAAACACCUACCGUGGAUGCAUGUUCACGCUGCUUGUCAGGAAGCGUUGAGACCGACGACUAAUGAUAGCACGAUACUGCCCUGAUUUAUGACUCUUGCCACUGUUAUGACUACCAAAUACCAUCACCAGAUCAGAAUUAUGAGCUACUAAUCGCUUGCUUAGACUCUUAACAGACCUUGCUCAUGGAUUGUGCUAAUACUGGACCCUAGAAGCAACUAUAAGCACUAGUGUUUACAAAUGCAGCGACGGUAUAAUGUGCAAUGUCGCGUCUCUAUUUAGCCAAG